AUGGCUCCCGUCUACGCCGACCACCCCUUCAAGACCCUAAACACACCUAUCUUUCUCGCGAAAAGCGAAAAUGAAAAGGCCGAGUCCGACGUGUUAGACGAGAUAGCCAGCGAGAUGGUCAACGUGCACAACAUGUUCAUCCGCGGCCUAAACUCGAUCUACCUGCAAGCGCCACACAUCAAGCCGGCCGACGAGAAACUGUUCGCCCGCUACAUCCUCGGUUGGUACCACGGGCUGCACAGCCACCACGCUGGUGAAGAGAAGUCCUUCUUCCCCGCUGUCGAACGCAUGACGGGGGUCCAGGGGAUCAUGGACACCAACAAGGAUCAGCACGAGGCGUUCCACGAUGGAUUCGAGGCGCUGCAGGUGUAUUGCAAAGCCGUGUUGGCGGGCACCGAGAAGUAUGACGGGGCCAAGCUGGUGGGCCUGGUGGAUGGGUUUGCGCCGGUGCUGGUGCAGCAUUUGAAUGAUGAGAUCCCGACGAUUUUGAGUCUGCGGAAGUAUGGGGACAAGAUGGACGGGCUUAUGAAGGUGCUUGAGGACGAGGCGCAGGAGGCGAUGAAGGAAAUUGGGCUCGGCGGAAUGGUUUGCCUGUUUGCCAACGUUGACUUGAAGUUUGAGAACGGCAUGUGGGCGAACUGGCCACCGGCGCCGGCGCCGGUGCUCUUCUUGGUCAAGUCGAUUCUCUGGUGGUUCUACCCGGAGCGCAAGUUUGGAGCGGUCGACCGGGCGGGCAACAUGCAGCCUCUGUAUGCGGUGCCGCAGACGGAGUAG